AUGACAACUCCACCCCGCCGCCUCCUCUUCAUAGCCUCAAUCGGCAACCAAAAGCCCUACCGCUUCACCCGACACAGCGCCGGCCACGUCCUUUUAGAUGCGCUCCUCCCACUCCUCCGCAGUCGCUUCGGUGCAGUCGAUCAAUACUAUACGACAUACUACAGCCCUUCUUUCAUGAACGAGUCCGGCCCAAAACUAGUCCGCAACUUGAACAAGUGGCUGUCACAAGCUGACAAACUUGUCGGACCAUCUCGCACUGGCUUUGAAGUUCCGGCCCCAAUCGGCGUUCCGGCGACGCUGGUCAUAUUGCACGAUGAGCUGGAGGCGCCGCUGGGUAAAGUGCGCGUGAAGAGGGGUGGGUCUGAAGCGGCGAGUUUGAGGGGGCAUCGGGGGUUGAUCAGUUCGUUUGAAAGUUUGAGGGGGAAGGGGAUGUAUCCUGUUAAACGGGGGAGGGAUUUGUCGGUGCUGAGGAUUGGGGUUGGGAUUGGGAGACCGGAGAGUAGGGAGAAGAAUGCUGUUGCAGACUAUGUGCUUUCCGAGAUGGGGGCUGGUGAACGGGCUGCUGUGCAGAGGGCUGCAGAGCCGGUUGUUAGUGUUUUGGAAGAUGAGUUUUAUUGGGAGGAGAGUUCGAAGUCUUGA